AUGGCACGACCACAUCUACACAACACCGAAGAAGAAAAGGCAGAAGCUGCAUGUGCUUAUAAACGAGCUUACUAUGCACGUCAUUGCGAUAAGCUAUGUUUGCAAAAGAAAGAGAUAUACAAGGGGAAGCAAGAUAGGCUGUGUGGUCAUGGUAGGCCUGCCAGUGUAGGACAGCCAUGCUUACACUAUACUGCUGAAGAGAAACUUGAAGCCGCAUGCCAAUCCCAGAAAGCCUAUUAUGAUUGUAACCGUGAGGAGAUCCAUAUCAAAUAUCAGAACAAGUCAAAUUCAAAGGUCUUGGACAAUACCAGUAGCCUCAAACCAACAUGGUCCGUGCAAGAUGCAAACAACAGACGCAGAAACAAAUGGGCAAGGCUGUGCGAUGACAUUGACACCAGCUUGCAGGCCAUUAUUGGGUCUUCAAGCACAGUGGCAUUGGUCGAGGGCCUGUGUGAGCUCUUCAUAGCAAAACCGGAUGAGCCAGAUUCAUUGGAUGUCCUGUGGGCUGCUCACAAUGGGCUGGAAGACCUCCUUCUACAUGCACAAAACAUAGAAAACAACAUUAUUGAGGAAUGUGGGACAGGCCAGGACCUCAGUUGUGCACAUAGUUCUGUGUCUUUCAUAUGUUAUGACAUGCUCAUUGACCAACUGGUCUUCAAUGCCACUUUUGAGGAUGAGUACCUCAAAUGCCAAAAGAAGGGUAACUAUACCACUUUCUGGCAACCCUUCUUCAAAAAAUGGGAAGAGCAAUGGCCUGCGAGGGCUUCUUUGUUUCCAGCAAUUCCUAUGGAUCAAGCUCUAACUGCGGCUCAAUUAGAGGAGGAAGACCAAUUCAAAAUUGCACUUCAGAAGCGCUUGACUGUGAAGUUCCAUGAUGAUUAUGGCAAUUCAAGGCCCAGCCACAAGGCAGCUGCAGCAGGCAAUUUGGCUGUCCACAAACUUCUCUGCAAUAUCAUCAAAGGACCCAUGACCGGUCGGAAAUGUCCUCUUAAGGAAAUGGAAGUCUAUGCUAAAAAGUACUAUGCUACUCAAGUCCAGGCCAGUGUGAAAGACGAGCUAAAUGCCAUCAAAGAACAACCCAAUGCCCCCGAUCCCAAGAAGACGAACCUUCAGGUGGUUCAAAAGCAUGUUGACCGAUGCUGGGAGAAUGAGUCUGCUGAGGUGAAGGAGGAAAUAUCCCAACUUACGAGAGAGAUGAGGGAAGCAGCAUGUGAGGCAGCAAAGGGGGAAAAAUCAUCUGAGGUGACAAAUGAUCUAAUUAUACCAAGACUUACUGAAAUUCUCUCGACCUUCUUUGGAGAGCUUCACAAGGCCACAGGAUGGACUUUCAGUGUCCUUCUUGGUGGCCCUGACCCAUCAAAUGGAGGUGCAAUUGAUGUCAGCAGCUUGCAUGUAGGGUUGACGAAGCUUGGUAAUCGCUUUAAUCAUGCAUUUGCAAAGUUUAAUGAUAAUGUCAUGAUACCCUACUAUGAGUUUGUUUCUCAUGUUUUCCCUGAAGCUGGGACUUUGAAUAAAGCAGCAGAGAGUCUUGAGGCCCAAGAUCUCUUCUGCAUUUCCACCGCUCCAGAUGAAAUUCCCACAAACAAUUCUCCAACACCUAUGACCACAGUGCCUGAUACAUUACAUGGUUCGCACACCACAUCCUUACAGCCAGAGUUAGCAUCUAUCCUCCUUUCCUCACACCUAGAACAAGAAGAGGUAGUUCCUGAGCCAGAUGAAGAACAUUUCUUCCGAAACCUGCCUGCUGAUGAGAUCGACCAAGAGCUGAAUAUGCCCAUACUCCCCAUGCUGGAGGGCUAUGUCCCCUUCUGUCCACCACUGCUUCCGCCACUCAUUCUAGACCCUAUACCUGUCCCUACUGCAUUUCUUAAUCUGGAUUCAAAUCUUGAGAGUUUUGAUGAUGCACUCAAAACUAUGCAAUCUCAGAAGACUAUCACAGGAAUGGUCUGUUCCCCCCCAUGCAUUCAUUAUCAGUUCGACAAUUUUAUUAGAUUCUCUUCGCCCACAGUGCCUGCCUCUACCACACCCACUUUGGCUGCUUCCUCACUUGCUACUACUCCUUUUACCACACCUGCCAUCACUCCUAGCACGACACCCAUGAUCACUCAUUCACCUGCGGUUGCAUCAUCCACCACACCCAAUUCUGGCACAACGCCCACCAUCACUCCUAGCACAAUGCCUAUGAUUGCCCAUUCACCUGCAGUUGCAUCCUCCACCACACCCAAUUCUGGCACCACACCCACUAUCACUCCUAGCACCAUGCCCGCCAUCACCCAUUCACCUGUGUUUGUGUCAUCCACCACACCCUCUGCUACACCCUUGCCAGCUGCACCAACAACUAUCAUACCUGCUACCACACCCUCAUCAGCUGCACCCACUACUACUACACCUGCUGUCACACCCUCACCAGGUGUACUUGCAACUCCCAAAAAGGCUCCAUGUGCAUGUGCAGGAGAGACAGAUCUGCCACAAGCUGUUCCCUCCGAUGAACCUCCAGCAAAGCAUCAGAAAAAGGCUCGAUAUACUGGUGACCUUAGUGACACCAUGCAAACUCUUCGUGCGAUGUGGCCACCAGUACAUUUAGAUCAGGACAAAUGUAUUAUAAUCACGCAAACUCUUCAUGCAACAUGGCCAGUACCAAAAGGUCCUGUACAGCAUGGCUGCUCUCCCAAGGCAUGUGGAAGGCAUGUGGUGCACCAUGCAACAGUGGCACAGGAAUGUUUGGAAGUUCAGGAGGGUGAUAGCUGGUGCAAUAGUGUGCAGCACCCUGUCGCAUUGUUGGGAAAAAUUGGAGGCCCGGAAUGUUCCACGAGGUUUAAUGAAUAG